GUAUUUGAUAGCCGUACCAAACAUACGUCGGCCAGAAGCCUGCUUCAUGCUUUCGGGAGUUUAUAAUAAAUACAGAAGGCGGUAUGGACACUGAAUUGGACACAGUAGCGGCUGUGGGUAUAGAAAACGAGAAUGAAAACAAUGAUAAAGAAGAUGAAACUAAUAACGCUCAAGAGCCAGAUGACCCUUUCAAGAAACCAGCUCUUUUUGCAGCACCUUCCCUUCUUAUCAAACGUGGUGCUGUUGCGUCAAAUACAGCAGGAAAGCCCACUCACGAGCCAAGCACCAGCGAAAAGGCACAACUCACAGCCACAGAUGAAUUACUUUCAAAUGACCCAACAGCUACAUUAAACGAGACGAGUUUGCCCACGCCGAGCAUUGACCAGAAGACGCCCCAAAACGCUGACUUCGAAGACAAACAUGAAGACAAAGAGAAGACCCAUAUUGCACCUGUUAAACCAAGACACGAUCUCAAAGCUAGAUUACCUAAAGCACCGCCGGCUGGCAAAUUUAAACCUCAUCCUCCUAUACCGUACACAGAACCCCAAUGGGGUGGAGUAGCACCAGAUAACUCGUAUUCGUUGGAAAUCCUCAAAAACGGCACCAUAGUUGACGCCAUCCCCCUUACUCAAAAUAGUUAUUUCGUGGUCGGACGACUACCCGUGUGUGAUAUUUCCUUAGAACACCCGUCCAUCUCUAGAUACCAUGCCGUCGUACAGUAUCGUGGGCGCUCAGGUGACGACGAGGAGAUGGGAGAAGAGAGGGGAUUCUACGUUUAUGACUUGGGCAGCACGCAUGGCACUGUUGUAAAUAAGAACAAGGUACCACCGAAGACUUAUAUCAGGGUACGUGUUGGACACGUCCUAAAAUUCGGAGGAAGCACAAGACUUUUCAUCCUACAGGGUCCAGACUUUGAUGAGGAGGCAGAGUCAGAACUGACAGUGACAGAGUUGCGUGAGCGAGCUAGGAAGCAGCGUGAGAUCCUGGAGAAGAGAAUGCUCGAGAGUGACUCGGACGACUCUGAUGAAGAGAUGGAAGAGGGAGAAGUGAAAGGAAACAGGUCCCGGGCAAAGCUCUCUGGCAAGGACGACUCUGGCUGCUCCUGGGGAAUGGCUGAGGAGGCAGCUCCUGAGGAGGACGAGAGCGAAGAGAACCCGUUUGCCACGGAGUUCCAGGAGGACCAGGAGGCGGCCUACCUGAAGGACCCCAAGAAGGCCCUACAGGGCUUCUACGACAGAGAAGGAGAAGAGCUAGAGUUUGAAUAUGAGGAUAAAAAUCAUGGUACCUGGCUCUGUCGAGUAAGACUCCCUGUGGAUGACGCCAUGGGAAAGCAGUUGGUUGCUGAGGUAACACACACAGGCAAGAAGAAGGAGGCGGCCAUCCUAUGCUCCCUGGAAGCGUGUCGGACCCUUGAGGCCCGGGGGCUGCUCAGACAGGAAGCAGUAUCCCGGAAGCGCAAGAAGAAAAACUGGGAGGAUGAGGACUACUACGACAGUGAUGAUGACACCUUCCUGGACAGAACCGGCGCUGUGGAGAAGAAGCGUCAGGAGCGCAUGAAGAAGGCGGGAAAGAUUGAGGAGAGACCGGACACCUACGAGUCACUGGUGGCCAAGCUGGCAGCUGUGGAGAAGGAGCUGGCCGAGACCCAGAACAAGCUGAGCUCUGCAGGCAGAGACGGUUCCCAUGCAUCUUCAGAGGACCCACUGGACGCCUUCAUGAGCGAGGUGCGAAAGGAGGCCGCAAUGGACGCCGUGGAACGCCGCAAGCUCCACGUGCAUGUGGCCGACCUGCGCAAGGAGGCCCAGAGGGUCCGCAGGCUGGUGGAGCUGACUCGGCCUGCCCAGUUGCCCUCGCUGCAGCCCAGUUUAGAGGGCGGGUCUUCAGAGCCCCAGAAGCCUAAGAAGUCCCUGCCACUGUUUGGUGCAAUGAAGGGAGGCAGCAAGUUCAAACUGAAGACCGGCACCAUCGGGAAGUUACCCCCGAAGCGACCCAACCUGCCUCCUGAGCUUUUCAACAUGAAAAGCCUUCCGUCAGGAGCGGAGGAGGAGGAGGAGGAGGAGGAGGAGUGGAAGAGGGAAGAAAAGGAGAACGACAACAAAGGGCUUGAAGACGUUCCAGAUGUUCCGAGCGGGCCCCUGCAGCCCAGCCAAAGCACCUCUCCCGAGGCCUCCAGACAGCACAGCGAGGAACCGACACAGUCUCCCAAACCCAGAGGGAGAGGGCCAACACAGAGGACACAUGUGGAGGACACGACAGAAACGGUGGACCAGGCACUCGUCCGGAAUGUAAAGAAGACCCGACCAAGUUCAGAGGGGGGUGAGGAGGAUACAGCGGCCAAGCCAGGCCCCAAGAAGGCUGGGAAAAAGAAAGCCUCUGGUCCCAGCAGAGCUCCAGAUACUCUAUCAGCUCAGUACCCUGAAGAUGAUCCAGACUAUUGUGUCUGGGUACCCCCUGAAGGUCAGUCCGGAGAUGGCCGUACUCACCUCAAUGAGAAGUUUGGCUACUAGGAGAAGACGAGCGGCCACAAGGCACCAAGCCUUCACACUGCCCUCCUCAAGCCUCCCUACUGCCCUCCUCUCUGCCCAUCCUCUCCACAUCCCACAGCACUUGGCCUGUUUCUGCCAUAUUCAGGCCUGUUUCCAUGCUGCCACUUUCCACCCAGUCUGGAAAUCCUUGCAAUGGUCACGGAUGUUCAACACAUAAAGCAGACUAUCUGUGGCCGAUUUACUCAACUCCCCUGCUUUGCCGUCAACAGGCAACGUUGUGAUUGAUUUAUAUAACCAGCCAUCAUCUUUGAAAAUGGCUUUGUGAAUGUUUCUCUGUGUUCCCUUUACUGUAAAUACCGACUGGCCUCAACACUACUUUGGCCCAAAUAAGCAUAAUGGAAGAUUUCUAAAUGAUGUUACUCCAGGCAACAGUUCUACUGGCACACUGUCGGUCUUCACUCUUCCUGCCCAAGAUGGAAAGGGGUUGGCUCAAAAAAAUUGGUCAAUUUUUCUCUCCAUUUGAACUGUCCACCUUUUUCUGAACUGUUAGGCAUUGAGUGCUCCCAUUUUGGUCAGAGGGCAGCUCUGGUACCUUUCAUGGUUUCCCUCUAAGCCACCAGCAAAGCUCAUCUCGGCCAUCUUCAAGCACCCUGUCCCACACUGCUGACUGCCGGCGUUACCUUAUUUUUAAAGUGUGUGUGUGUCUGUGUGGUGGAGGGAGAAGCGUCGAAGCAGCUUUGCUAACCAUCUGGACACUUGUGAGGCUUUAUUGGAUAAAAAGAAGAAAUGCUGAUAAUGGGCCAAGUUAACAGUAAUGGGUUUGUGCGCGUUGCUUUGUUUGCCAAUGCCCCGCCCCCCAUAACACCACCGCCACUUCUCUUUUUAACCAGAUCUUCAUUACAAGUGACUCAGCAUUAGGAGGCUGGUGUGUGUAUGUUUGCGGGGCAAUCUGCCGAGAGUAGGAUUACGCUGCCCCCGAAAUCCCACACGACAUCAGUGCUUCAGUCUCUCUCGGUUCCACCCUGCUCCUCUCAGCCUUUUCAGUCCCAAACUCACAACACAGGCUCUUAAACCUUGACAGUUAACCAUUCAUAGUUAGGCCAGUUAGUCAUAUCAAUAAAAUAGCUGUGUAUUGUGUUGCUCAUAUUUGUAUAAUAAAAUAGCCUAUGGUCGCAA